UCUAUUUACAAUUAUAUUUAAAUCUUGCAAACUUGAACGCGUCUGUUGAAAGUUUAACGAACUUGUUUUGAGAAACUAAUUUUGGUCAAGAUUACCACUCAACAUCUUCUAUUUGCAAAAGACUACUAAAAUAGUCGAUUUUUAAUUUUGCGUUUAUUGUCAGAAAAUGCAUAAAGAAACAUCUCCGCUGCUUGACGAAAUUAACUUAAAUGUAUGGAGUCAAAGCAAAAAUGAAAACGAAUGCGAAUCACAGUUAGCAAGUGAUGUUGUUACAAAAGAAGAAUACAGUUCAUUGUUGAAUUCAGAAACUAAAGAUUUAAAGACACCCGAAAGAGCAACAAAUUUAGCAGCAGUUAUGCAUUUAUUCAAAGCUAGUGUUGGCACUGGUAUCUUAAGUCUUCCUACAGCAAUUAAAGAUGGCGGUACUAUUGUAGGUUCAGUUGGCAUAGUUAUCAUAGCAAUUAUGUCAGUUCACUGCAUGCAUUUGCUAAUAAAAUGUUCACAUUACUUGAGUAAAAAAUAUCAUUGUCAGCAUCUUUCUUAUGGCGAAGUGGCAGAGUUUGCAAGCAAACCAUAUCUUGGUGAUAAAUCCACUGUAUUAAAAAAAUUGGUCAAUGCUUUUUUGACAAUCAAUCAGUUAGGAAUAUGCUCGGUUUACAUUGUUUUUAUUGCUAAAACCAUUGUUGAAAUAACUGCUAUUGUAAUAAGUUUAGAUACCAGACUUAUUAUUUUAUGUUUGGUUCCGAUAACAAUUCUAUUCUCACUUAUUCGCAGUUUAGAAAAAAUUGCGUAUAUUUCUACAUUUGCUAAUGUGCUUUCUGUUACUGGACUUAUUAUGAUUCUUCAGUUUCUUGGAAGAAAUUUGAAGAAUCCUGCAAUUUAUCCAAUGUUUGCUGGAUGGAAUCGUCUGGGUAUUUUUUUUAGCAUUACUAUUUAUGCUUUUGAAGGAAUUACAGUUGUGCUUCCUCUUUAUAAUGAGGUAAGCAAACCUGAAGACUUUCCUUGGGUUAUCAACUUCAGUAUGACUUUAGUCACAGCCUUUUAUGUCAUGGUUGGAAUGUUUGGAUAUAUUGCUUAUGGCGAUAAAAUUUCUGGAAGUGUUACUUUAAAUUUACCAGAUAAUUGGUUGUAUGAUACUGUAAAAUGUAUAUAUGCUGUCGGAACAUUUCUUUCAUUUUUCAUCCAAUUUUAUGUUCCUAUGGAAAUUAUGCUUCCAUAUCUUCUGUCAAAAUUUAAAACUAGAAGGCUUAAUAUGCUUGAUUAUUUGUUUAGAGCAUUGUUUGUGGUAUUCACAUGUUUGUGUGCUAUUGGAAUACCUCAAAUUGGCAAUUUCAUAUCCCUUAUUGGCGCUGUAACAAGCUCAAGCCUUGCAAUAAUAUUUCCAGCUUCGAUUCACAUUCUUACAUUUAAAAAAGAAGAUCUUUCAAAAUUAGCUUUUGCAAAAAAUCUGCUUUUAAUACUUAUUGGGGUAGUAGCAUUUGUUAUUGGCACGUAUUCAUCUUUACUAGCAAUUGCUGAUGGGUUUCGUUCAUCAAAAAAUAAAUAUUUAUAUUUGUUAAAUGCGUUGUUAUUCAUACAUGAAGUGUUUGCAAUUCGGGCAAAGUCCACUAAGGCUUGGUGUCCUUUCCCAUUUUCACGAAAAGCAAUAACCAUUCUAAGAAACUACAUUAAGAAAAAAGAAUCUCGAAGAAAAACAUAUGCACCUAAUUUGUUGCAAAAUGCCAUUUCGAAAGUUAAAAAUAAAGAAAUGACUUCGUAUGCUGCAUCAAAAGAAUAUGGUGUUCCAAGAAGUAAAAUUGCAAGACAUCUUCUAGGCAUAAAAUGCUCAAAAGUUGGUGAAGGGCGACCAAACCGAUUAUCUGCUGAUGCUGAAAAAGAUCUUGUUUCACUUUUAUCUGCAUUUUCUGAUUUUGGAUUUGGAUUAGAUAAAAAGCAAUUUAUGAAACUUGUUCAAACGUAUAUUGAAUUAAACGGAUUUCAGAAAAAAUUUGUUAAUGGUGUUGCUGGUGAUCAGUGGUUUUGUAAUUUUUUAAAUCGUUGGCAGAAAGAAAUAUCUAUAAGAACUCCAGAGCUUUUGACAUUAACAAGAGCCUUAGCUUGUAAUAAAACUGUAAUUGAUGCUUGGUUUUUAUUACUUAAAGCAACAUUGGAAAAAUGUGACAUUAUGAAUAGAUCUGCCCAAAUACUAAACUGCGAUGAAAGUGGGUUUUGCACUAACCCAAUAAAUAAAAAAAUUAUUUGCAAAAGAGGUAUUAAAAACCCUGUAUCUAUUGCUCCUGGAUCAGGAAAAGAACAGUUUACUUAUAAAGAGUGGAUGACUGGUGGACCAAAUGGUUCCUUAUAUGGGGUGACAAAAAACGGUUGGAUGGAAACAGAAGUUUUCACUGAAUACUUUAACCAUCUUGUUUUAUGGUUGAAAGACACACCCAAGCCUGUUUUGCUUAUCUUUGAUGGUCACAUUAGUCAUAUUUCUUUAGAAACUGUUAAAAAAACAGUUGAAAAUCAUAUAACUAUUUUGUGUUUGCCAGCACACUGUUCGCAUUUGUUUCAGCCACUUGAUGUAAGAGUCUUUCGCCAAGUUAAACAUGUAUGGCGUGAAAUUCUGGCCAAUUGGUAUACCGAGUCAAGGCUGAAGGUGGUUGGGAAAUCUGUUUUUCCAUCUUUAUUAAAAAAACUUUAUGAUACCUCCUUUAAGCCAGCUCAUUUAGUACAAUCCUUUGCCAAAACUGGAAUUUUUCCCUUUGAUCCAUCUGCUAUAGCAUCUGACAAGUUAAAUCCUUCUGAAAUCUAUGAACACCCUUUUUCUCAGAAAACAAAUAACUAUAAUAAUAACGUCCCUCAAAACAUCGUUUUAGACACCAAUGUCAAUGAUCAGAACGAUACUUAUUGUUCUACUGGAAAUAAAAUCAUUAGAGAAAUAGUGAAAGAACAGUUAAUGGCCACAAAGGGUGAUGGUCGUUCAUACAACAAACGACCUACAAAAAAAAUAAAAAGACACUAUGGAGCUGCUCAACUUACUAAACUAAGUGACACAUUAAAUUUUAAAGAAAACACUAAGGCUUAUGAAAAAACAGGCUUACUGGCUGAGAAAUUAAAGGAAUCAACUAAAAACAAAGAAUCUGAAAAAGUAAAUUCAGAAGAAAACUUUGAAAACAAAAAUGAUGAAAAAACUACAAAUAUAGCAGCAAUUAUGCAUCUAUUUAAAGCAAGUAUUGGUACUGGGAUACUGAGUCUUCCAGCUGCAUUUAAAGAUGGUGGAACAAUUGUUGGUCCACUUGGUCUAAUUUUGGUAGCUUUAUUAACAGCACAUUGCAUGCAACUGUUAAUUAACUGUUCACGCUUUAUUUGUAAAAAAUUUCAAUGUCAAUACCUUUCAUAUGGUGAAUUGGCAGAGUUAUGUUGCAAACCUUACCUAGGGGAUAAAAGUAGAUCCGCAAAAAAUAUUGUCGACAUAUCGUUAACAAUCAAUCAGUUAGGGAUGUGUUCAAUCUACAUAGUUUUUGUUGCAAAGACAGUUGUUGAAAUAUCUGCAACUAAAAUGAUUAUAGAUGCUAGACUAAUUAUUUUAGUUUUAACUCCUUUCGCUGUUUUGUUUUCGUUUGUGCGCAGUUUAGAGAAAAUUGCUUAUAUUUCUACAAUGGCUAAUGUGUUUUGUGUUUUUGGUCUUUUAAUGAUACUCCAGUUUCUUGGAAGAAAUUUAAAGAACCCAGGAAUCUACCCAAUGUUUGGCGGGUUUGGCAGUCUUCCAACUUUUCUUAACAUAGCACUUUUUGCUUUUGAUGGAAUUACUAUUGCUCUUCCGCUUUAUAAUGAAGUAAAACAUCCAGAAGAUUUUCCUGGUGUAAUCAAUAUUAGUACCGUGUUUGUUGCAGGAUUUAGUGUCCUGAUUGGAUUUUUUGGGUAUAUUGCAUUUGGUAAUAAUAUAUAUGGAAGUGUUACUUUAAACUUACCAGAUAAUUGGUUUUACAAUAUUGUAAAGUGUGCCUAUGCUGUUGGAACAUUUUUUUCAAUUUUUAUUAAAUUUUAUGUUCCGAUGCAAAUAAUGCUUCCAUUUCUUCUAUCGAAGUUUAAUGAAAAAAAAGUAAAUAAACUGGAUUAUCUAUUAAGAGCAGUUUUGGUGGUGAUCACAUGUUUAUGUGCGAUUGCGAUACCACAAAUAGAGAAUUUUAUAUCACUGAUUGGUGCUAUAACUGGCUCUGGUCUAGGAAUUAUUUUUCCUGUUCUCAUCCAUAGCGCUACUUUUCAUAAUGACGGUCUUUCAAAACUUGUUUUGGGAAAAAAUUUGUUUUUAAUACUGAUCGGAAUAGUUGCUUUUUUUAUUGGCACGUAUUCUUCUGUUAAAGCGAUCAUAAUUGGAUUUCGGUCUUCUAACAACACCUAUAUUUGAUAAUUUAGCUAAAUAUUUGUAAUAUAAAAAAAAUAGUCUAUAUUUUUGAAAGUAGAACAAAUAGUUGUAAUUUUUUAAAAAAGUUUUGUAAACAUUCAUACAGCACUCUUUAUGAAGUAAAAAGAAUAGAUGGUUUCAUA